CGGCAUAGAUGGUACGUUCCAGGAAGUCCAGAGUGCAAUGUUAAAUCUUUGCUGUUUUAAGUUUAUUCAAGGACAAUUACCAAUUGAAGACGACCAAACGUUAACUUAAAAUGUCCGACUGAUAAAAGACAUUGUGAUAAUUUCGUUAAAGGUUCAGAAGAAGUUAAAUAACGGUACCUGUUCGCCGUUGAACAAGCUAUCAUGCCGGACUGGCUCAAUCUGUGUGUGGUCAUUAGCCUGUUGAUAGGUCUUGUAACAGUAGCCGGUUACAUUUUGUACUCGGGUCUGCUGUCAGACAUCAUCAUACUGACUGGCUCUCCUCCCAUAAAGAAGAUUACAUUCGCCUACAAAUUCAAAGAAGGACCGUACAAAAACUGUGGGCAACUUUUUAAGGAGUCUCACAGUAUUGGACCAAAGCUGCCAUGUAUUGGGAUAUUUUACGAUGACCCUAAAAAGGUGCCGGGUCCACAAUGUCGCUAUGCUGUGGGCAGUAUUCUGAGUGAGGGAGAAAACGAGGCCGACGAGGGGCUUUUAAAGAGCUAUGAGACAUCAGGCUUUAAUGUCUUUUCCUUUCCCGAAGUCACACAUGUGGUCACUACCUCGUUCCCACACAGGACGUUUUUCUCCAUCCUCCUGGGAGUAAGAAGAGUUUACCCGCGGCUGGAUCACUACAUCAAGGAAAGGAGGCUGUGUGCACACCCGUUCCUUGAGAUCUACAGAGAGGGUCAGAUCCAGUUCAUGGCCCCGUUGGCCCGGCAGGGAGAUUUCUACGUGCCUGAAGUCCGACAGACAGAGAAGAGUCUGUCAGAACAAGAGGAAUUGCACAGUGACUCAGAAGUCUCAGGUGCAGACUCUAACAGCGAAUGCAGCUCAGGGAGUGGGGUUCUCCUGUCGGACAGCAGAGAGACGUCCCUGGCGGGGUCCUCGGUCCGCUCUGUGCCUCUCCAGGAUCAAGGGGAUCCAAACUACAGAGGGAGAGGCUCCAGGGGAACCUCGUUUAAAGAGGCGGACUGGGAGCAGGCUGGUGGACAGCAGGCAGACAGAGAGGAAUGGCUUCAUGGAGACACCAACCAGAAGAGCCUGGAGGCUCCCACUCAGGAGUUGUGGGGUGUUGUUGGUGGAGAGGAGUAAAAGUAUUAGUAGAGGAUGAGAGAGUAAAGAAUUGAAACUCAAGAGGUUGGGACUUACAAACUGCAAAAGCGUGUCUCACUGUGUGUUCAAGUUCAAAUGGGGAAAAAGGAUAAGGCUUUACUGUGAAAAAAUCCAGCCCAAUCACCGGGAGAAAAUGUUGGCACUGUAUGUCUUUGCAAACUGUGGAUAUGUGGCACCUUGAUGAGACAGCUGACAGGCUUCAGAUCGCUGUUAAACACCAACAAACAACAAAACCAGUGGGUUUUUUUUAGACAUCAACAGCAUUUCCAGCUGCGAUUCUACCACCAAAAAAGGGUGUUUUAAGCCAAAUGAUGAUCUUUUUCAAACCAUACCAAGUUUAAUUUGUGCCUAAACAUAACCACAUGUGAACCAAAGCAUUGUUGAAAAAGUUUCAACAUAUCCGCUACAUAUUAACGCACAAAUAUCGUAACAUAUCUGUGGUUUGCAGAAAUGUACAACACAAUUUUUUUUCCUGGUGACUGGGAUGACAAAUCCCAUGAAAAGACCAAAACUGACAAUGUGUUAGCCUUCCUUACCCUGAAAGCCCACUCGCUCCUCUCGGAAAAUCCUGAAAAACAGGUCAUCAGUGUAUGUCUUUUUUUUUAAAAAAAAAAGGUUAAAUAAUUUCUUUAGUCAUCUGGGCACUGUAGUGUCUAACAAAUGUUACUUGAACAGGAGUAAAUACUGCAUUUAUUGGGGACUACUUUUAGCCGCGGAUUGAUCCACAUUUUAAGCUCUAGCUCAGUGGUUCCCAACUGGUCCAGCCAGGGGGUCCAGAUUUCUCUUUAGUCAUUAGUUCAAGAUCCAUAUAGUUUAUACAUUUAGCGACAUAUUUGCGUUUGGUCAUGUCGUUGAGCUAGUUUGCUGUUUCUGUCAAGUGUCUGUUAGUCACUCACUCUGCAGCAGGAAACAGCACUUCAAAAUAAAAGCUCUGUGCCAGAAAUUCACUGUACUUAAAAAUAAAGUGUGUCAUUUACAAGCUUGACAUGUUUGCUAGUCACUUGCGGUCCAUUUAGAGUGGACCCGCAAUCCACUUUUGGACUGUGACCCACCAGUUGGGAACCACUGCUCCAGUGAGUAUAUCCAGUAGCAGUAUGGUGUAUGCAGGAUCAACUCUAGGUAAACCACAGUGCCACAGUGCAGCAGUGUGUUUCACUGAUGUGUUUGUAAUAGUUACUGGACAACAACAAGGGUUAUGGUGCAAAGGAAUAUGCUACAGUCAAUAGGUACAAUUGUUAGUAAGAUUAAUUCAUUGCUAUUUUUUUGGUCUUUUCAUUGGAUUUGAUGAUAAUAAGAGAAACAAAGAAAACAACCAGACUUUUUUUUCUACUCUUUUAAUCACAGUUUUAUAGUAAAAGUGUUCAAAUCUGCUGGAUAUUGCUGACAGAAAUCAAACCACUUGAAAUCUACAGAGCUUAUUCAGGUAGCCUGAGUUUCUUCAUUUUUACAGAAGUGAUGAUUCAGAAUGAUAAAAAGGGAAAAAAGAAGCAUUUUUACUUGAAAUGUCUUUAUUUUGCUGUACUGAUCCAUAACUUGCAUUUCUAAUAAGGUUUUUGUUUAUCAGAGGAUUGUUCAGGGAACAUACAGGGAAUUCUCUUCAUUUCAAAUAUAGUUGUUUACUUGUUUACAAAAGGCCACGAUUCUGUUAAUUAAAACUGACAUAAGGCAUUGAAAUUACUGAAAUUACUAUAAGCACACAGACUCACAAAGUUAUCUGUAAUUGUUUUUUAAGUUUCCCGUGUUUGACUGAAUAUUUGUGCAUCUUGUUAUAAAUAUUUUAUGUAUUAUUCACAAGGCUGUGUAGCUCUGUUGGUGAUGCACGUGU